AGCGAUGACCUCAUACAAUUACAACGAUUCAACGAUUCAACUCUCCAGCUUAAGGAAAACAUGUUUAUUGCCUAGCAUAAAGCAUACCUAGGUACCUGGUAGCUAACUUACCUGGCACGAUUAGGCAUUACCUCUUGUUAUACCCUUGAAAUGGCCACACGAGCAACUUUUAAAUAUAUCCUUCUGUCUUCUUCCGAUGCCCUCCUGUUACUAUCAACAAUAUUAUCUCCUAUUACUCUCCAAUGAAUACAUAAUAUCUAAAACCUACGCAAACGUACCUACCUAGGUAAACAUGCCGAACCAGGCAGAUUUCGAGCAGGAUGCGUCGGGGAGAGAGUACGGCAAACCUCACAACGCCAAACACCCAAUCCCUACUGUUCAAGGUUACAGGCAACAUAGAAGGGAAUUGGAAGGGCAAGUAGAAGACGAGGAACAAGCGCAACGAGGACCGGAAGAUGUUUCGAGACCUAAGCGAGCGUUCGAGUCUGCGAAAGCUGUCUUCAAAGGCGAAGAUACUCCGAAGUCUCGACAUGAUCCAUACCCAUCUACAAACCGUAACUAUGCCGACAAUACUCCAUAUACUCCCAAAGAAGAAGCGACACAAUCUAAAGACACUCAACAGGAUUCGGCUGAUAAUGUUGGGGGGCAAGAGGAACCUGACAAACAUCGAGAAGAAAGCGAUAAGAAAGGCGAGCAAGGAAAGUCGGCGACGGAAGCGGUAGCAAGCUCUGUUGACCCUAAAGAAAAGCGCAAGGCGAUGAAGAAGACUAAAAGACACGGCGGAGGGCGCGAAGUUACCGAUCCCGUUACACACUUACCUGUUGUCAUACACGACCAGACCGAGAAGGAUCUUAGCUCUGUGCCUUAUAAUAUUCCUGCGCCUGGUUUACAUCACUAUACUGCCACAGGGCCUCAGGGUGCCUCCAAGUCCGAUCAAGAGUUGGUAUCUGAGCGUGACAAGUUACAGCAAACCCACAAUGGAAUGCAGAGAGUAUUCCCACCUCCAGACUUCGAGAGCACAAAACAAGGGCUCGCCAUAGUUUACGAGCAGGCCAUAUAUACUGGCUUAGCUAUAAUAGGUACUUUGGCUGUAGUCUUCCUACUCGUCCCGAUACUUAUUAACGGUCCGGGUUGGUCUAUCCUAUUUGGCACAAUUCUAUUUGGUUUACUAGGAGCGACAACGGUCGUGGGCAUGGGAAAAUGGGCGAACAAAAAAGCUAGCGAGGUCUUUGAAGAUGAGACCUGGGAUGCUGCGCGUCGUCAGGAACAAGCUAUUAUAAGCAACGAGGAAGAGCUGCCUGAAUCAGCCCAAUGGCUGAACUGUCUGCUCUCCUCCAUCUGGCCACUUGUUAACCCGGACCUCUUCACUUCUCUUAUAGACCAAAUAGAAGAUAUCAUGCAGGCUUCCCUUCCUAAGGCCGUCAAGAUGGUCAGUGUGGACGAUAUGGGACAGGGAAGCGAGUCUAUUCGCAUAUUGGGCGUGCGCUGGCUACCAACUGGCGCGGCUAGCCAGACAGUCGGCCCCAACAACCAACUUCAAGGGAAAGACAAAGGGACCGGAAAUGACCGAACAGACCCCGAAAACCCUCAAGGGAGCGCAAAUAGUCAAGAGAAUGACGUUGAGGGGAUUUCGGAGAAAGACGAAGGACAGGGCAAAGAUGCGAAGCAAGAAGAACAGGAGGAAGCGGCUGUGAGAGAGGGGAUGGAGGCAGAAGAAGGUGAUUUUGUAAAUUUGGAGCUUGCACUCGCCUAUCGUGGCCGCUCGUCUGGCAACUCGGUAAAGGCAAAGGCUAAGAAUGCUCAUCUUUACCUGAAAUUUUACCUUCCUGGAGAAGUGGCCAUUCCCGUAUGGGUCGAGCUCAAAGGCCUUAUUAUGACCAUGCGACUACGACUUCAGCUGACACCGGACCCCCCUUUCAUAUCUUUAUGUACUUUGACCUUUCUUGGACAACCGAAGGCGACUAUUUCAUGCGUUCCUCUCUCCAAGCAUAGCUUCAGCUUGACGGAUGUCCCUCUAAUAUCUUCUUUUGUCAACUCGGCAAUUGAUGCUGCUCUUGCGGAAUACGUAGCUCCGAAGAGCUUGACCUUGAACCUCAAGGACAUGCUCGUGGGAGAAGAUUUUAAGAAGGAUACGACUAGCUUAGGCGUUGUCUGGAUAUUCAUCAAGCAAGCCCGCGGCUUCAAACAGGGCGAUGGCGGGAUCGGACCUAUGCAAGGCUCGAGUGAUUCGUAUGUUACUGUAUCGUGGGGUAAGUUCGGCAAGCCGGUUGCUUCGACUCGUAUCAUUACGGGUGAAAAUGAGCCCGAUUGGCAUGAAUGGGCGAGCAUUCUGGUCACCCCGGAGGAGGUGAAUGCCGAGGAAAAACUGCGGCUUCAACUUUGGGAUUCGGAUAAGUGGUCGGCGGAUGACGAUCUGGGCCGCGUAGAGGUCGAUCUAAAAUCCCUUAUGAAAAAUCCGAAUAAAUUCCAAGAUCGCGAGGACAGGUUUGCUGGUCAAGAUCCGGACGAGACGAUGCCAGGGUCAUUAAUAUGGUCGGUAGGAUAUUUCCCAAAGAUGAGGAUCACGUCCAGACAACUUGAGCAGCAAACUGUCAACGAAGAAAUAAGGACUCGCGAUCAGCUUAAGGAGUAUGUUUCGAAGUUGUCUGAGCACAAGCUCCGGGAGGCUGGCAAACCUUCGGACGACGACGAAGUAAAGCAACAGAAAGCCCAAGACUACAGAGAGAUCGAAGAGUCCAUGAUUAUCUCAGCACCGCCCCCUGACGAGUUCGUCUCUGGUAUUCUUAGUGUCCAAAUCCACAACAUCACAGGACUCGAAGUACAGAGGCUGCAAAAGAAAGAUAAAGGGGACGAUGGCGACGACGAGGAUGAAGCCGAGCAACGCGAUGAUAUGCCCGAUAGCUAUUGUACUAUCAUAUUUAAUCACAAGAAGAUCUACAGGACAAGGACCAAACCAAAGAAUUCAAAGCCAUUCUUUAAUGCUGGAACCGAGCGAUUUGUCCGAGACUGGAGUAAUAGCGAGGUCAUCGUCAGCGUGUGGGACUCUCGUGAGCGAGAAGAUGAUCCGCUCAUAGGGAUCGUCUAUCUUCCCCUUGCAAAGGUCUUUGCGAAAAGAAGCCAAGUGAUAGAUAAUUACCCAUUGGUUGGAGGUAUUGGAUAUGGCCGGGCUCGUAUUAGCAUGGUUUGGCGAAGCGUGGAACUCAAAUUGCCACCGAACCUCAGAGGAUGGGACUAUGGCACUUUAGAGAUACGGGGAGCUAUUCAGGCGAAAAACGAUUUACCUCGGUCCUUAACAGAGCAUCGAAUCAAGAUACGUACAAACCUGGGACAUGCGAAGAUGUAUCCUCAAAAUGGCCAAUGGGUGUCCAAGGGCGGAGAGGAACACGAGCCUGUGUUCUUGGCGGUGCGCAAGCGCUACGCUUCGGCCAUGGUGAUCGAGUUCCGCCAGUCCGUGCUUGGACCCGACAAAACAGCUGCAUUUGCGGUUCUAUGGCUCCACGAGGUCGUCGACGAGGAGAGCGAAACUAAGACCCUUAAGGUGUGGAAGGGAUCGAAGGACGGUCUGCGCAAAGCCCAGUCAUGCUGCGGCUAUACCGGCAUGGGUGACGGCGAACAAGCACUAGGCGAAGUUGAGCUAUCCCUCAAGUUCUGGCGUGGCCUAUCUGGCUAUCACAAGAGCUACGCUUCUAAAGCUAAGAAUAACGACCUACGGAACGUGAUGCAAUGCUUAGACACGAUCACAGACGAGAAGCUCGACGACGACGUGGAUGAAGCUGAAAAUGAGGACGAUACCACGAGCGACGACGAUUCCGAAGACGAGACUCGCAAGAAAAAGCUCCGUGUCCAUACUAACGAUGAUUCAUCACGGUCUAGUUCCGACGACGAGGGCAACGGCGCCGGAUCUGGAUCAUCGGGCUCUUCUUCCCGCUUAUCCCUGUCGGGUAUCAAGAAGGUUAAGAAAGUCAAGGACAUGUUCCGCAACCCGGCGGACGGAGUCAGCGAAGCAGCCACGGCGGUGCUGGCGCCGGGGCAUAACAAUCCGGACGACGGGUCGAGGGGGAUCCGAAACCAGCUGCGCGACUACAAAGACCACCACAAACAGCUCCACCGCAAGCAUCGCGGGAUCAUGCAGUGGCGGCCGGCGAGGGAGGCUAACCACGUCGGGGCGAAGCUCAGCAGGCUCAAAGGAAAUAUCAGCGGGAUAUUCCAGCACAGCGAUAAAGACGCCGGUGUCGAGACCGAGGUAUAAAAUGAGGCCAUGUGUACCUAGACUUGCUUCCGCACUUUGAAAACUAUGGGGUUCCGUAAAAGGCAAAGCCACAAAGGGGGUGGUUAACUACAAGGAGUUUGGACUUUGGAGAAUGUAUCAAUAACUACCUAGGUAUUUAAUGACCAUCACAACUGAUACUGAGCAAUAGAUACCGAUAACAGGUAACCAGUAGGUAGUUACUCAUACAUAGUACUUGCUUAACUUCUUACAUCCUUGCCUCUUAAGAUGAUUCCACACGAUAUCAAGGAAUGGAGAAAAAUAAAAGCUUCGAUGUUCUAUUCUCGCUUAUCUCUGAUGCGCUAUUUGAGGCUAUAGAAGUUCCGCGGCAACGCCGCUUUUAAGAUCCACCAUUCAUUCAUAACCGGAUUAUAAGAUAAUAAGGGACACAGUAUGCAUAUAUGCUACACCUAAUCAAAGCUAUACAUGCUAGCUGUAGACAGCCUCAUUUCACAACCUCUCACAUUAAGCCCCUUUUAUCUAUAAAUUUGUAGCAACAAUUAAUUACCUCUUAUGUAAAAUUCCG